AAACAGCAUUUUGGCGAGGAAAGUUAACGAGGAAAUAUAAUCCUCGUAAAUGUACGAGGAACUUACGAGGAAUUUACAACGAAAGAAAUAAACCUCGUUAUUUUCUCGUAAACUAACGAAGAUAACAUUUCGUCGUAAAGCCCACGUAACUUUACGUGGUCUUUACGAGGAAAUACAUUUUCCUCGUAAAAACCACGUAAAGCUUGCAUUAUCUUUACGAGGAAAACUGGAAAUAUAAUUUCCUCGUUAAAUCAACGUAAAUUUACGUCACCUUUACGAGGAAAUGAUAUACGUGAACUUAACGAAGUAUUUUAAAGCACGUUUUUUUUUGCUACCUACCUUUUCCUCGCAAAUUCAUCGCAAAACUUCAACUACCAGAUUCGAAAAUUUUCUAUAAAUAUGGAAGUUUCAACAUCAUUUUAAACACACCAACAAGAAAAAAAAAGAAAAACGUGAAAGGAAAAAAAUGUCAGGCUCUGGGAAUGUCUACGAGUUGCGGAGGUGGAUGUAUAUGCAUAGAGAUGCUAACGGGAGAGUGACGAAAGAAUACAUUGCGGGACUGGAGACAUUUAUGCAUCAAGCAGAUUCCACACCGCUCGCCCUAGAAAGCGACUUGUUCAAAGAGUAUUUGCCGGAAGACAAUGUGUCUGCUGAUUCUUAUUAUGAGAUUCAGAAACUGGUGUAUAGUCUUGGGUUGCCUUCGGAGAUGAUAGAUGUUUGCAUCGACAACUGCAUGAUCUACUGGGGAAAUGAUGAGAAGUUAGAAGAAUGUCGAUUCUGCAAGAAGCCACGAUUCAAGCCGCAAGGACGGGGACGUAAUAGGGUACCGUACCAAAGGAUGUGGUACCUACCAAUUACAGACAGAUUGAAAAGAUUGUACCAAUCAGAGCAGACUGCUGGAAAGAUGAGAUGGCAUGCCGAGCAUACUCAGACGGAUGGUGAGAUGACACAUCCAUCAGAUGCAAGAGCCUGGAAACAUUUUAACAAAGUAUAUCCGGAAUUCGCUAGCAAUAUCCGGAAUGUGUAUCUCGGAUUAUGCACAGAUGGAUUUAGUCCAUUCGGAAUGUCAGGGAGACAAUAUUCAUUGUGGCCAGUCUUUCUUACGCCAUACAACCUGCCACCGGAGAUGUGCAUGCAACGGGAGUUGCUAUUCUUGACCAUAUUAAUACCUGGUCCGAAACAUCCUAAAAGGUCGCUGGAUGUUUUCCUGCAACCACUGAUAAAAGAGUUGAAGGAUUUGUGGUCAACAGGGGAGAGGACGUAUGACUGCUCAACGAAGACGAAUUUCACGAUGCGAGCGAUGCUUUUGUGGACCAUAAGUGACUUUCCUGCCUAUGGGAUGUUGUCGGGAUGGACUACACAUGGGAGAUUAGCUUGUCCAUAUUGUAAUGGAGCGACAGAUGCGUUUCAACUGAAGAAUGGGAGGAAGACAAGUUGGUUCGAUUGUCAUCGUAGAUUUCUUCCCAUUGGCCAUCCGUACCGAAGAAACAAGACAUUGUUUAGGCACAAAAGGGUUGUGAGAGACACUCCUCCUCCAUAUUUAACUGGAGAAGAAACUGAAAAGCAACUCGAUUACUAUGGAGUUUUGGAAACAGUUCCUCGUGGUGGUAAUUGGCAUGUUCCCCCUAAUAUGCCUGAUUCUUACGGUGUUCAUCACAACUGGCACAAGAAGAGUAUAUUUUGGGAGUUGCCAUAUUGGAAGGAUCUUCUUCUGCGCCACAACCUCGAUGUGAUGCAUAUAGAGAAGAAUUUCUUUGAGAACAUCAUGAAUACAAUAUUGAAUGUCCCGGGGAAGACAAAAGACAACAUAAAAUCAAGGUUAGACUUGCCGGAUAUUUGCUCAAGAAGCGAGUUACAUAUAAACAGCAAUGGGCAAGUUCCUGUUCCGAUAUUCAGAUUGUCUUCAGAAAAAAAGUCGGUGUUGUUCAACUGGGUAGCAUCAGAAGUGAAAUUCCCCGAUGGGUAUGUUUCAAAUCUGUCUAGAUGCGUUGAAAAGGGUCAAAAAUUCUCUGGGAUGAAGAGUCAUGACUGUCAUGUCUUUAUGCAACGACUACUUCCCUUUGCUUUUGCGGAGCUACUUCCUACAAACGUACAUGAAGCACUUGCAGGCAUUGGAGCAUUUUUCAGGGAUCUGAGCACCCGCACCCUUAAAGUAGAAGUCGUGGAACAGCUUCAAGAGAACAUUCCCAUCUUAUUGUGCAACUUGGAGAAGAUAUUUCCUCCUGGGUUUUUUGACGUAAUGGAGCAUCUAGCUGUCCACCUUCCAUAUGAGGCAUUGCUUCGUGGACCUGUACAUUACGGAUGGAUGUAUCAGUAUGAGCGAGCCAUGAAAUAUUUGAAGGGAAAAGCAAAGAACCUUGCAAAGGUUGAAGGUUCUAUAAUUGCUGGAAGUUUGACGGAAGAAACUUCUCACUUCACAUCGUACUACUUUGCGUCAAAAGUACGUACUCGGAAAAGAGCUCCAAGGAGAUAUGAUGAUGGUGGUGUCGCGCCAACAUACGCAGUUGCUGGUGUUCCAGACAUCUUUAGCCAGAUUGGGCGACUGGGUGGAAAAUCAAAAGAGGUUUGGUGGUCGAGUGAAGAAGACGCUCAUAGUGCACACACCUAUAUUCUACUUAAUUGUGAGGAUCCAUUGAUUCGUUAUUUUGAAAGCCUAUUUGUUUCACAAGUCGAAGAAACAUUCCCUGGUAUAUCCACAACUGACGUAGACAAAAGGAAAGAUCAACACUUUAUAAAAUGGUUGAAGAGUCAGGUUGAUUUUGACGACGAUGCAGAUUAUCCUAAGUGGUUACAUGAAGUAAUUCAAUCUCCACAUGUAAAGGUCACCACUUCACAGAUGUAUUUCACACGAGGCUAUACUUUUCACACAUAUGAGUAUGGUAGACAGCGGGCAACCAGUAACUAUGGAAUAUGUGUGAAAGGGGAAACCGAUUUCUACGGUAUCUUGACAGAGAUUAUCGAAGUGGAAUUUCCAGGGAUAUUGAAGCUGAAAUGCGUCCUCUUCAAAUGUGAGUGGUUCGACCCCGUCGUCAACAGAGGUGUUCGGUUUAACAAAUUCGGUGUAGUUGAUGUCAAUGGUGGAAGAAGGUACAACAAAUUCGAGCCUUUCAUCUUAGCUUCACAAGCAGAUCAAGUUAGCUACCUUCCAUACCCUCGGAUGAGAGAAUCGGGAAUAAAUUGGUUAUCCGUGAUCAAAGUUACACCUCGAGGACGAAUCAUAAGUGGAGAAGAACCACCAUUGCAAGAAGAACAGAUAAAUGAAGUCGAGGAACCUGAACAACAAAUUGAUGACAUUCUUCUCAUUGAUCCGCAUAAUCAUGAGUAUGAAGAUCUUACCGACGAUGGCACAGAUGAAGCUGUUGAAGACGAGUUUAAUGAAAAUGAUGAUGUUUCUAGUGAUGACGAAAAUGUAUCUGAUUGAUGUAUUUGUGUUUUAAUAUGAUUGAUUUUCAGACUUAA